AGUUGGCUGUGUCAGCGUUAGCAGCCAUCGGCGGGGCUUCCAGCGAUGCCAACCGGAGUGUUGGUGCGAUGGAACAACGAGAAGGGAUUUGGCUUCAUUCAGCCCCAGGACAAUAGCGAGGACGUGUUUUGCCACGUCUCUGACCUCCAAGACGGCGAGGGCAGCGUCCAAGAGGGCGACUUCGUGCUCUACACGGAGAAAUGGGACAACCGCAAGGGCAAAUACCGAGCGGCGGAAGUGGAGCUCAGCGCGCCCGGCGAGCUCGCGGAGAUUAGCGCGCAGAGGAGGAAAAGAGCUGCAACCCAUAGAGAACGGAGUCGUGACCGCAGUGGUUCUCGGCAUAGAGAUGGCGAGAGAGCUCCUCCGAAGCCCAAGCCCAAGAGCAACGAGCCGGGCAAGGAGGUGGGCACCAUGGUGCGCUGGCACAGCGACAAGGGCUUCGGCUUCAUUAAGCCAGACGAUGGCAGCGAGGACUUGUUCGCGCAUGUCACUGCACUGGCGGACGGCGAUGGCAGCAUACAAGAAGGUGACAAGGUGACGUAUGACAAGGAAUACAACGAGAGGAAGGGCAAGGACCAAGCCACCAAUGUCAGGGCUGGAGCAGGCAGCGGCGGUGGUCAUGGUGAUCGGGACCGCGAUCGGGAUCGCGACCGGGGAGAUCGCCGGGACCGCGACCGGCGCCGGCGCAGCAGGAGCCGCAGCCGCAAGGAGAAAGGCAAAAGUCGCAGCCGCAAGCGCAGUGGCAGCCACAGACGGAAGAGGAGUCGAAGCUCAUCUGGCAGCAAGUGACAGGCUUUGGGCAUCCACAUCUGAGACUUUGCAUGGAACUGUGGAAGGGGAAGCAGAGGCGGAGUAAGAUCAAUG